AUGGGACUUCCUACCAGCCAGAAAGCAGCCGUGAAACAGGGUGAGGGCAAAUUGUCCACGGCACCAGUCGAAGAAGUCCCUGUCCAUGAGCCAGGCCCAGGUCAAAUCCUCGUCAAGAUCAACUGGACUGGCCUAUGUGGAAGCGACAAAUCACUUAUCUACGAUGAAUGGGCUACCCAGGGCAUAAAAAUGCUUCCUGAGACUCAUGGCAUUGCAGGCCACGAAGGAGCAGGAGAAGUCGUCGCAGUUCAUGACGACGUCAAGGAUCUCUGGAACGUUGGAGAUCGAGCAGGCGUCAAAUGGGUCGCCAGUGUGUGCAAGAAGUGUGAAUUCUGCACCAACGGAACCGACGAGCUGCAAUGCCCCAAACAGCUCAAUUCUGGCUUCUCGAUCCAGGGCACCUUUGCGGAAUACUGUCUGACAGAUGCUCGUUACGCCACAAGGUUGCCGGAGGGUGUAUCCGACGAAGAAGCAGGUCCAAUUCUAUGUGGUGGAGUCACGGCAUACACUGCUUGUAAGCGAAGUGCUGUGAAGCCUGGUCAAUGGAUUGUUCUGCCAGGUGCUGGAGGAGGUCUCGGUCAUCUUGCCGUACAAUACGCGAAGGCAAUGGGCAUGAGGAUCAUCGCUGUUGACGGCGGAGACGAGAAGGGCAAGCUCUGUAAACAGCUCGGUGCAGAGCACUACGUUGAUUUCCGCGAAUGCAAAGACGUAGCUGCUGAAGUUAUGAAGCUUACGACCUACGGAGCCCAUGGGGUUAUCGUUUUUGCCGCUACCAAAGAGGCAUAUGGAUCGGCCCCAAACUUCCUGCGUCCAGGUGGAACUGUGGUAGCUGUUGGGUUGCCGAAAGACGAGACGAUCAUUGCAGGUGCGUCGCCUUUGAUGCUGGUCUUGAAGAGGCUCAACAUUGUUGGUUCCGUAACGGGCACCUUGAAAGAGGUGGAAGAAGCGCUUGAUUUUACGGCAAGAGGGCUGGUCAGACCCAUACUCACGAAAGGGACGCUGGAGGACGUCGACCGCUUCUUGCAGCUAUUAGACCAAGGCAAGCUCCCCGGCCGAGCUGUCCUUAAGAUUGCAGCUUGA